ACCAGGAGGCGCCCAUAGACUUCCAGGAGGCUGAGGAGGGAAUGCUGGGAAAGGAACUUGACGGAGCCCGCGAUUGGCUGUGUGCCCGUGCAGGGGAGGAGUCACUGUGUUUGAACAUCAGCCGCAAGCUAAGAGAUCAGGGAAGAGUCAGAGCCCAACUCUCUCACUCUUCCUCCUGGCUUCAUGCUUCAGGUAUCCCAGGUAACAGCAGUGCUCAGGUGAGCUGGACUCAGGAGGAGAGCAUACUAGCUGUGUUGGCAGAGUUACAGGCUGGGUCUCAGGCGUUGACUGUUGAGUUUGAAGGGGGCAGGAGAAACUUGGCUGCCCCACGAUGGGAGCUCUACUCCAGGCUACAGCACAAAAUCAAGGCUCUGGUUCAAAGAGGCCUUCCCAGGUCUUUGCAGGCCAACGCACACUACCAGAUGGAGAUCCAGGAAAUGAGUACAGGGUUGUCCAUUCAGGUUGAAGAUCAGAGAAAAGUUGCCAUCCUUGUGGUGGGUGGUAGGAGCAACAGCACUGCUGACCUAGUGCUGUCUCUAUGCCAACAGCUGAGCCUCCUCAAAGGCCUCGUUCCAUCCUCUCUACAGAUGAACUGCACAGGAGGCGUUGCUGAAGACCGCCUUUCAGCCCAGUGUUCAGGAAGCGUGGCCGGCCGACCCAUGGAGACUCUCCUCCCUCCUCAGUUCUCCAUGAAUGCCUCUCUGCUCCACGCCGGCUGCUCCACCCGUCUGGACACCCACCUCCAUGCUGGGGGAGAGGAGCGGGGGGCCCUGAGCCUAGCCACAUCCUGCUACCCCCACCUCAGCCUCAAAGGCUCCGCUCAGCAUUCCCUCGGGGCCCUUCGAACCCUGGGUGUCCCCCCUCGCGGUGCAUUAGUCCUGGCUCUCUCAGCCGAGGGCCACCCUGGUGUGGAGCUGGGGCUGGAGCUGGGCCCGUGCUACACCCGGGCUAGCGCAGGGGACAAAGGUGGAUCGGAAAUAAAGACAGACCACUCUACCUGGUUUGUCAAUGUGACCCACUACUGCCCAGCCCUGCAGGACACUGUCCUCCCUGAAUCUCUGGUUCUCCAAGGCCUCCUGUCUGUGGCCCCCUGCCAGCUGGCCCUAUCCUCGGCCCUGAGGGUCGACCACCAUGACCUGACCCUGGAGCUGGGCCAGUCCUGCAGGCCCCCUCGCCUCUCUGGGACCCUCACACACUCCUUUCCCGGCUUGCGUAUCCGGGGCCUUCCUUUAAGGACCAGCUUGGAGGCGUCGGCCCCGGGGGGCGUCGGCCAGACUGGGGCCCUGCUGAUCAAAGCUGGGCCCUGUCACAUCAGAGCCAGAGGCACCAUGGGGCCCAAAGGAAGGACAAAGUGGUUAUGGGCCACUGAGUCAGAAUGCCCAUUCCUACAGACUCUCGGCCUCCCCACCCAGGCCCAUCUAAAUGGUUCAGUGGGGCAGGAUGACCAGAGCGUCUGGACGGCAGUAGUGGAUGCAGGUGUAGAAGGGGAGCGGGGUUCCCUAAGCCUGACUGCAGGGGCCAGGCCUGGGCUGAGGCUGGAGGGAAAGCUCAGUCACAACCUGACCGUGCUCAGGACCAUACCAGGCCAUGGCAGGCUGCUGGUGACGGGCAGGGCAGGAGCCCAGGGCUACAACACAGAGGCUCAGCUGCAACUGGGCCGGUGUGAUGUGGGAGCCUCUGGGACUGUGAUGACAGGCCAUCGUCUGCAGGGGGUGCUGGUGUACCACAACAACUGCACUACACUACAGGAAUGGGGUAGUCCUGGUACUAUGACAGCUUCGGGGUCACUGGUCGUCAACGUGACCCUCCUGGAGACGCAGGUCUCCAUGGCGAUGGAUGACAAGGAACUGCAGGCUUCAAUGGCAGUGAGGACGAGUGAGGGACAACAGGAGGUGUCUGCCCAGCUCAACCACUCUGUACCCCUGCUGACCAGGGCAGGGCUCCCCGUCAACGCUGCCAUCGCAAUGCUGUCUGAACACCAUGGCAACGGCUCCUACCACCAACUCCUCCACUGCAGCAUAGGAAGGCAGCAGUUAACUGAGGUCCUGACAGUAGAGAGGACUGCUUGGAUGGCAAGUGUGAAGAGUUACCUCAAUCACACCGUCAGCUACCUGAGGAACUGGGGGUUUCCUGAGAACAACAGGAUCCAGCUCGAGGUUGGUGCUGGGGAGGGGAAGAGCUUGACCCUCCAGUCCCAGUUAGGAGCUCAACAGGCAGGCCUGGGGGUGCAAGUGAGUGGCCUGCCCCUGACCAUGGAGCUCCAGGGACACUUGUGGCAUAGCUGGCGCUGGCUACAGGAGAGAGGCCUGCCACUGACCAUAGAGGCCUUGUGCUCCAUACGGGGGCCCCUGCCCCAGAUGCGGUCCAGGGCUCGCCUCUCCUUGGACGGACACAAGCUGCUGGCCUCCAGCCUGAACGUUAGUCUGGCUGAUGGACGUCUGGCCAUGCUGCUCUCUCUGACUCCUCCUGCCUCUUUCCCAACUGGCUGGCAGCAGAGUGUGGACACAACCCUAACUGCACAGCUUACAGGGCCUCUUAAGAGUGUGCUGGCAGACUUCCGCCGUGGGGACAGACAGCUUCGUGUGUCAGGGGACCUGAGGGGAUGGGGGAUACAUGGAGGGUCUAGAGAGGCCCGAGUCACUCUGCUGCACAGCGUACAGGGACAGGCCAGCCCUGCUCUGCAGGUAGAAGCUUGGGGUAGACUGACUGAUUCUCAGCUGAGGUGCUCUAUGGCUGUGAACCCAGAGCUCAGCUCCUCUCUGGCCCUUAUUGUCCAAGGAUAUCACCUACAGGACAGUAAGGAGUUAAUGGUGAAGGUGGUCCAGAACAUUCCAGAGCUGCAGCCCUACUUGCCUGCUCAGCUCAACGCCAGAUCUCAGUUAAACCAGUCCAGCUCCACUGUGAGGGGACUCCUGGAGCUGGCUUCAGGCAGCAGGAGGCUGUGGGCACUGGUGGAGUUAGCUGUCCUGGAGGGGGGCUUCAGACAAGCUGUGGAGCUCAACCACUCCUUCCCACAGCUGAAGCCCAGGACGGUGGCGGUGAGGACGCUGUAUGAAAGGGGGAAGUGGAGCCACCGUCUGCAGCAUGGGACAGUGUGGGGGGGCCAGGAGGUCCGUGUGGCGGGGCUCUACUCUGCCCCUCCCCAUCUGGAGUUGGGAGACCACUCUCUCAAUGUCCAGAUGGCCCAUGUUCCCCGGGGGAGCAGUUUAGAUGUGACACUGGUCCGUUCUGUCCAAGGCAGCCUGGACAGUGUCCAGCUGGGCUGGAACAGGCAUGGACGUCUGGAGCAGGUCAGGGUUGUGAGCUCGUGGAAUGGUACAAGUGAGACCAGUGAGACCAGACUGGAGCUGAAACAGCCCUUCAUCUCGACACUCUCCCAACUCCACCUCCACACUCUCUCUCACAGCUUUGCCAGGGAGCAGAGGAGCACCCAGCAGACUCAUCUCUCCUGGGACAGUGGAGUGCCUAUGAACGUCUCCCUCACCCUGAACAGACAGUGGCAGAACAACUCCAGCAGAGGGCAGGCUUGUGGCCUCUUCUCACCUGGACUGGAAGUGGUCCCCUCGCCUGUGAACGUUGAGGGCUGUGUGUCCGUGGCCCAGGAGGGGAACUCAUAUUCCCAGAAUGCUGUGCUGAAAUGGGGUGACAGGACUGUCAGACAAGGCAUGAAAUAUCAGAGGGUUCCUGGAGGAACACACACAGUCCGGCUGGAGGCCGGAGCUGACAACGUCUCUCCCGGCCCCUGUUCUUCUCACGCUCUCCUGGCCCAGGUCCACACCAACCUCAAGGACAGGAUAGAGCACCACCUCCAACUGGACCUGUGCCCCCCACACCCUUCACUAGCCUGGUCUGGGGACCACAGAGUGAACGUGGGGGCAGAGCUGUUGUACAGUCAAACCCGCCUGUCUGUGACUGGACAUCCCGCCUACUGCAGCUUCACCCUGGGGCUCAUCAACUCCUCCAGCGCCCACUCCACCAACUUCACCCUGUUCACUGAGUCCACAGUGGGUAACUGGAGUGCAGAGGUGGGGGGCAGUGCCCUCUCCUCCCCCCAGGGCCCCGGGGUCCAAAUUCAGGCCAAACUAGACGGCAUUGAGCAGGUGUGGCUGAAAGGGGCACUAGAGGGCCGAUGUCUACAGACUGCAGCUGGAUACCACAAUGCACAAGGCCCAGAUGAAGACCUAUCACUGGCUGUGUGUGUGGAGGGUCGGCGAAGGUUAACCCUUAAGUCCCUGAGACGAGAUGAAGGCGCCGAACCAGUGACGCUCACGGCUGUCACUCUAGGGAUAGCCAAUCACAGUCUGAUCUUCAGAGCGAGGGGAUGUGCAGACGACCUAUGGGAAGUGGAGAAUCAGGUCCACCAUCUGGGCUCCCUGUUGAGAAACAAGCUGCUGGAGAGAAUUCAGAAGUUACAUCAUGUCCUCGUAGAGUUCAGACAGCAGUCAAGAGCCAGUAAAUUGCUCCAGGAGCUGAGUGCCGUGCCCCUGAGGCUGACCCAGAGAGCAGAGGCCCUGCUGGGCCAGAGGGAGGGAGGAGCGUGGGCCGUCUGGGGCUCCAGCCCCCUGCGCCACACCCUGGCCGACAGCCUGCCACGCCUGCUGCUGCUGCUGGAGCACAUCUCUCGCCUGGGACAGCAGGAGCUCAAGAGACCCCUGGCCACUUUGGCAGGGGCGUACCAUGAUGUGACAGGCCAGAGGGUGGAGGCUGUAUGGCGGGGGGCGGUGGAGGUACGGACAGCUAAACUGGUGGAGCUCCUGUCCCCCGUCCUGAAGAGCCAUCAGCUCAGACUGCUGGCCCAGAUGGGUAUCAUCGCCCUGGGCAAAGGUCUGGACCUGGUAAGCCAGCAGACUGUCCAUUGGGUUGAGGGGAGACUCGCAGCCUCUCUCGCCGGUCUGAGGAGACGUCUAGCCUCCAUCUACAGACUCUCCCCCAGACAAUGCUCUGUGUCCGUGACCGUGGCCUUGCCCCUGCCGCCGGGCUCCUGGUCCAGGGUGGAGGAGGCCGGGCUGGUGGAGGUGCUGCUGGAGGAGUGUCUCCUCAAGCCCCUGCAGGCCCUCUCCUCCAUGAGGCCCAGCGCGGAGCUCUACCGCCUCAAGAGGAGGAUCAUGGACAGCCCCUUUGGACAUCAAGCUCUCCUGGUGGCAGAUCAGUUUGUAGUUACGUUUGAUGGCCACCUGUUUGAACUACCAGCCCAGUGCCCACUCCUCCUAGCCUAUGACGUCUACGACAGCUCUUUCACUGUGCUGCUGAACACAGACGACUUCCAGCACACCCUGGUGGUGGCGUCCAACAACAGCACAGCCACCAUUCAUCAGAAUGGACAGGUGAAGGUCAACUGCCACGGAAUUCAAACAUCCUACAGUGACAACGGAUUGGUCAUCAAGAAGGACUCAAACCUUGUAGAAGUAUCCAAUCAAGAUGGCAUGUCAGUGUCAUGUGAUCCACUGCUUGGCGUUUGCAGUUUAACUCUAGAUGGCUGGUUACAUGGUGUGUCUUCUGGCCUCCUGGGAACCAAUGAUAAUGAAGCAGGAAAUGACUUAACUUUUCCUGAUGGAUUGCAGGCUGACAACAUCGCUGACUUUGUACACAGCUGGCAGGUGAGGCCAGAGUGUGGUGGUGAACUGACGUUAGCAGAGCCCUGUGCUAAAAUGGCGUCUGACCCAGUAAGCUGUGGUUUCCUCUUCUCCGCCCCUGACUCUCCACUGGGCUCAUGCUUUAGAGUGGUGGACCCGGCCCAGUUCCUACGGGUGUGUGAGAGGAGCCAUUGUGGCCCUGGCCCUGGCCCUAUCAGAGGCCCCUGCAGGCUGGCGGCUGCUUUUGUCCACAUCUGCCAGAGAAACUACGUUCCGCUGGAGCUCCCUGUUCAAUGCUUCGCACUAUAGCCACCGUUUCGUGUUCCAUCAAGAGCUAGCAUCAGUGCCAACACAAGCUGCAGUACUCUCGUGUCCUUGUCUUAGACAGGAGGGAAGCAGAUAAGGGGCUUGAUGGAAUCCAAACCCAUGUUGAGAGAGAGCUUGGCCCUGGACUGUGACGAGGUCAGUUUACAGCCUGAGAAACACUGUCCCACAAAGAUGCAGUGUCAGACCACUUGUACUCCAGGGCUGUACUGCAUUAGUGCUUCACUUUUCAUUCCUACCAUGUUCGUCUGACCAUACAGACUGUUGUUAUUCAUUGUUUUAUGCCUUUGGCUGUGAUGAUUUGUGGAGAAUAGCCAGUUGCUAUGUGUGGUAGUAAUUAAAAUAUUGAUCUGAGAUCUGAGAGAAAAAAGGUGUUUCAUUUGGAAGGAGUAAGAAAACUGAAUGGUCAGCAGAGGAUAAAAGAAAAAAGGCAGAUAUUACACAGAUACUUUGGUUGAACUUUAAUGUGAUUGUCUUGAAAUUGUUUCUUACUUUUGUGACCAUUUGCAUAUAUUACAAUCAAUGUAUUAUGUCCAUCAAUGACCAGACCAUUGAAAUAAAAACUUGUACUUAUUUGAAGCUACCGCUGGCGUUCCUCUCAAACACCGAAAGCAUGUUGCCUCUAAAAGAUAGGUAUGUAGUUGUCGAUCUUGGACUUCUGCCUCUGCGUGACACACUCUGCGAUCCAGAUGACGUUGCGAGCCUCCUGCUCCUUCAGCUGGACGUAGGAGUAGAACACGCCCAGGUGGAACUGCUGCAGGAAGGCCAGCGUGUUCAGCUUCA